CGACCACUACAACUUCAGAUGCGAUUUCAGCACUUUUUAGUACUUGUCUACAAACACAUUCAGCGCUGAUAAUAACGAUGGCUCCAGCAAAUCCCAAAAAGCAGCUUGCUGAGUCCCCUCUCAAGAAGACCAUGGUUGAACAUGUUCCUCUGCACACUGCAAGCCCUUCGGCGCAACCACGAAGCCCUAUCAGAAAGCGAACACCUGGUGCUAUCACGAUGCAACAAAAACAGGCUAUGAUCGAUAACAUGCAACUCGAGAUUACAGAACGCGCUCGCCGAUUAAGAGCCCAAUAUAAUUAUAUGGCAACAACAGUUCGCUCACGUAUCGAAAUGCGACUCAACCGCGUCCCCAUGUCAAUGAGAAAUAUCAAGAUGGGAGACUUGCUACAGAAAUUUGUGGAUCAGGAACAACAACGAGCCGCGAAAUCGACCGCUAUACGAAAACAAACAGCAACAUGGGCAGCAAGUCCGCCAAAGCAGAUUCAAUCGGCGGCUCAUAAUUUGAAACCCGCGCCACGCACAAAGAAGCGCAUGAGUGACGCAAUCUCAGGAGACAAAGAAAACGAGGUCGAGCAUACUGAGACUGCUAAGAAGAGGGCUCGAGCUGCAACAACCACGGACGUGUCACAUGCCCGAUCAGGGCAAAUUUUGUCGCCAACAUCCUCCAACUCACGAAUGGCAAAUCGACCUCCAUCGCCUACUAAGUCUGGUAUUGCACGACCAGCUUCGCCACUGAAGCGCCCGGCUACAGCUUCUGGUAUGCUGUCAAGCAUGGUGGAAAGGGCAAAGGCGACGCGAGCUGGCGCUGGCGCUGGACGCAAGAUGACGACAAACUCAACCACAAGUUCAAUGUCGACCAACAGCACUGCUACCACCAGAAAUAAGAAAGCAAUACCAGCAACAAAUACUACUUCAAGAGCGCCUACUUCUCGACCAGGUACACGAACAACUCGUAGAUCCAUUGCCAACAGCGAGUCCAGUGAGUCAAGCAAUGGCACCGUGAUAAGGAAGGGGCCCACGGCCAAGAGUGCUCCGGUCAAAAGGGGGACAACAUCUCGUAAGGGGACGACAGGGGCAGUCCGUAAAAACACAGCGAAGAGCAACCCUUCCACUGCAAGCACGGGUACAGGACGAACCUUACGAAAACGAGCAUAGAACAAAUAUUCAUGGAAGGUGUCACUGGAACGUAAUUGGUAUAUUGUUUGUUUCGAUACGUAUUGCAGAAUCAUGGUAUAGGAGUUCAGGGUUGAAGCGCAUGGGUGCACUGGAUAGCUCCAUGUUGCUUUAUGAUAUUCUUUUGAAACUGUAUAUGCCCAUAAGAAACACAGGAGCGCGAGUGUUUCCAAAAAAAAAUACACUCUGGAAUUUCAAUCACGAAUGCCUUUUGGUAUCUCCCAAACUUAUGAACCACCCU